CUCUCACACACUCUGUGACUCUGUGUUUCGCUUUUCUCUCUCUCUCACAUCAGCCAUAUCAGAACCAGCAGAGACACUCUCAGAGACAGAGAGAGAACUAUAGAGCAGCAGCUAGCUAGCAACUGCUCUCAAGAAUACGUAUAUAUAUCUGUAUCUUCCCCCCAGAGUUCGUUAUCUAACCGCUUUUCCCUCCCCUACCAGUUUUGCCCUUCCCCUCUCCUCUAAUUCGCAACCUAAUGCCAUCCCCACUCCACCACCAGAUCUGAAGCAACCUGAGAAUCCCCACAGCCACCGCAUAAAACCUUUUCACUUCAGUUUUAUCCACACAGUACGUAACAAAUAACUUAAAAAUGAUAUCCUGGAAUGACCUCUACAAGGUCUUGACGGCGGUGGUGCCUCUCUACGUGGCCAUGAUCUUAGCCUACGGCUCCGUCCGGUGGUGGAAGAUCUUCUCCACUGACCAAUGCUCCGGCAUCAACCGCUUCGUCGCAAUCUUCGCCGUUCCUCUUCUCUCCUUCCACUUCAUCUCCACCAACGACCCUUACACCAUGAACUUCCGCUUCAUAGCCGCCGAUACGCUCCAGAAGAUCAUCAUGCUCUUUGCGCUGGCUCUUUGGACCAACUUCACCCGCAACGGAAGCUUAGAAUGGAUGAUCACAAUUUUCUCGCUCUCGACGCUUCCCAAUACUUUAGUCAUGGGAAUCCCACUGCUUAUCGCCAUGUACGGCCACCAAAUCCCGGAGGCCGGCAGCCUGAUGGUCCAGGUCGUCGUGCUCCAGUGCAUCAUUUGGUACACACUCCUGCUCUUCCUCUUCGAGUACCGCGGCGCAAAGUUGCUUAUCAUGGAGCAGUUUCCAGAGACCGCCGCCUCCAUCGUCUCCUUCAAAGUCGACUCCGACGUCAUGUCCCUUGACGGCCGGGACUUUCUCGAGACCGACGCCGAGAUCGGCGACGACGGCAAGCUCCACGUGAAGGUGAGGAAGUCCAACGCGUCGAGACGGUCUCUCUCGGCAAUGACGCCUCGACCGUCGAACCUCACCGGAGCCGAGAUUUACAGUCUCAGCUCUUCCCGGAACCCAACUCCCCGUGGCUCGAAUUUUAAUCCUUCCGAUUUUUACUCCAUGAUGGGAGUUCAGGGGUUCAAUACCCGCCACUCCAACUUUGGCGCCGGCGACAUGUACUCGGUUCAGUCCUCUAGAGGCCCGACUCCGAGACCUUCCAAUUUCGAAGAGAAUUGUGCUCCAAUAAUGGCGCAAACUGUUACUUCUCCCCGGUUCGGGUUUUACCCGGCGCAGACUGUCCCGUCGUCGUACCCGGCUCCGAAUCCGGAAUUCUCCGCUCCGGUCACUAAAACCGCCGCUAAAACUAACCAACAGCCACUCCAACCGCAACCGCCGCCGCAGCAGGUUAACUCCAACUCAAGCAAAGCAAACCACGACGCGAAAGAGCUCCACAUGUUUGUUUGGAGCUCCAGCAAUUCCCCUGUUUCCGAAGCCGGAGGGCUCCACGUUUUCGGGGGACCUGACUUCGCCGCGUCGGAGCAAUCCGGGCGGUCAGAUCAGGGCGCCAAGGAGAUCAGGAUGUUGGUUGCUGAUCACCCCCAGAAUGGAGAAACCAAAGUGGCAGUUACGGACAAUGACGGCGAACACCACCACCAUCAGGCGGUAGCAGAAGCCUUUAAAUUCGCCGGAAAAGCUGAUCAGGGAGAGGAAGAUAGAGAAAAGGAGGGGCCAAUGGGAUUUAAUAAGCUGGGGUCAAGCUCCACUGCCGAGCUACACCCAAAAGGUGUAGGAGUUGGUGCUGAUCAUCACGAGUCUAGCGGAGGGAAACAAAUGCCGCCUGCGAGCGUGAUGACCCGUCUGAUCUUGAUCAUGGUUUGGCGGAAGCUUAUCCGCAACCCCAACACAUACUCCAGCCUCAUCGGUCUCAUUUGGUCACUCGUCUCUUUCCGGUGGCACGUGGCUAUGCCGAGCAUUAUAAAGGGGUCGAUCUCCAUACUGUCCGAUGCCGGCCUUGGAAUGGCUAUGUUCAGCUUAGGUCUCUUUAUGGCACUUCAACCUAAGAUAAUAGCAUGUGGAAACUCGGUGGCCGGGUUUGCAAUGGCCGUGAGAUUCCUCACCGGCCCGGCUGUGAUGGCUGCAGCCUCCAUUGCUGUUGGGCUACGAGGCACCCUCCUCCACUUAGCAAUUGUCCAGGCUGCACUUCCUCAAGGAAUCGUUCCCUUUGUCUUUGCCAAAGAGUACAAUGUUCAUCCAGCCAUUCUCAGCACUGGGGUAAUAUUCGGAAUGCUGAUAGCAUUACCGAUUACGCUAGUGUACUAUAUCGUUCUCGGAUUGUAAAACGUUGUUGUCAAGGUUUCGGAAGCAGAUCGAGAAUAGCUAGACAGACAGAAAGGAAUGUGAAUUUGCAUGCAUGAUCAAGUCAAGGUCGACCAAUUUGGUUGCUUCCCUCUAUAAAUAGAGGCUACACGCAUGAGGAUUUUCCGGCAGAGAGAAGAUAUCCAAGUUUUUUUUGGGAGCUUAGAUUUUGACUUGGAGGAAAUGACAUCCUUGUUAUAAGGAUCAUGCUUCCCAUUACAGGCCAAAGUUUGUCUCUAAUUUUCCCCAGUUUGAUGAAAGGUUGGCAACGUAAGCCCGAGCGUGUUAGCUAAUUAAUCCUGAGAGAGGAAUACAAGGAAGAUCCAUAUUUAUAAUUAGCGAACAUUUUCACAUUCACUUCGUUUCGUCACGCCUCUAGUUUAUAAGAAGUGACGAAAUCAGUCCAUGAAUAUAUGGAAGAAAAGAAGAAUAGGAAAUAGAUGGUGCUGCAUGCAUUUGAGUCAUGAUUGUAUAUUUUGUUACUUAAAAGUUUCUAGUGUAUUAUUGUAGCUGCUUUGGUCCUUAGUGUUGGGUUUUGA